UGAAGGCCACUCACUUUUGGAACAGACAAGCAGAAUUAUUAUACCAAAGAUAAAUUAGUAAUCAAAAAUGUAUCGAAUCGAAAAAAAUCGAAUCGAAGUGUCUAAAAUCGAAAUCGAAUCAAAUCGAACAUUUGGUGUAUCGUUGCAGCCCUACCAAGCAACAACGCCCAAACAAGCACAAAGCCUACUUUCACCUUCACCUCGCUUAUCUGCACAGGCAUUGCGAGAGGCCAGUAAGUAUAAACUUCGGAGCUGUAAAUAUAUUCAUUACAGUACAGUCAUACUUAUUAAAUGUUCUAUCCUAAAACAAGCCAAUAAAUGUAAUAACAAGUUAGAUUGAGUGACACAACCAAAAAUGUAAAGUUUCACAUUGUGACGCCCCUAGUUAAAAAAAUAUUCAAAAUAAAUUGAUGAUUACUUGUGUUAGUCUUUAUCAUGAUGUGAAUUUGUGCGCCUAUUCUUGCCUGACUGUUGGCCCACUUAACUGUUAUCCAAAGUUAAGGUCCCUGGAAUAGUCAAAAAUGUUUAUUUUCACCAAAUGACAUGCCUAGCUAAACUAGAAAUGUGUCCAUAGGACACGGAUGCCCCCACACGCCACAGUGUUCUGUCAAUCUUAUGACUCUAGGUCAAAUAUUUUUUGGACUACAUGUGCCACAAGUUGAAAACUAAAAAUCAACAAAAAGCCAUAAUUCUGUUAAAUUUGGUCGCAGCACAAAUUCCUUCCUUUACUACCAUCUACACAUUAAGGUUGUUAAUCCCUGGAAGUUUAAGCAAAAUCUGCCAUCCGGUUUAAGAGGAGUUGCGUUCACAAAAUUUCUACAGAGUAUAUAAUGAAAAAAUCAACAAAGGGCCAUAAUUCUGUUAAAUUUGGUUGCAGCAAAAAUUCCUUCCUUUUUAACUUCCAUUUACACAUUAAUAUUGUUCAUCCCUGGAAGUUUAAGCAAAAUCUGCCAUCCGGUUUAAGAGGAGUUGCAUUCACAAAAUUUCUACAUAGUAUAUAGUGAAAAAAUCAACAAAGGGCCAUAAUUCUGUAAAAUCUGUUUGCAGCGAAAAUUCCUUCCUUUACUACCAUCUACACCUUAACAUUGUUCAUCCCUGUAAGUUUAAGCAAAAUCUGCCAUCCAGUUUAAGGAGUUGCGUCCACAAAAUUUCUACAUAGUAUCUAGUGAAAAAAUCAACAAAGGGCCAUAAUUCUGUUAAAUUUGGUCGCAGCGAAAAUUCCUUCCUUUACUACCAUCUACACAUUAAGGUUGUUCAUCCCUGUAAGUUUAAGCAAAAUCUGCCAUCCGGUUUAAGAGGAGUUGCGUUCACAAGAUUUCGGGACGUACAGACGGACGGACUGACUGACUGACGGAUUGACGGACAAGUGCAACGCUAUAUGCUCCCACAUUGUGGGGGCAUAAAAAUAUGUUAAGAUUAAUUCAUGAUUUCUUAUCAUUUUCACAUUUUGUGACCUUACACACUCAACAUUCCUUUUGAGAUUUUAGCGUUAAUUACUGUUAAAGCCAAGGAAAAAUUUAAAAUACUGGAUUUUUUUCAUUUGUAAUUCACAUAGCUCUAAAAGUAUAUGGCCUAAAAUUAUGAAUCCUUUUUUUUCAGCUGCUGUUACACAGAUUCUCCAAGUCUUGGAGACAAUGUGGGAGGAAAAUCGUGAAAUUAAUAGGAUGAUGCAGCGAUUGUUGUCAAGGUCAGCAGCAGAUGACCAACCGCUGCAGCUUCCGGAAGAUAUCUCAUUCCCUAUUCGUUCUCCUGAGCAGAUGGAAGCAUUCGAUGAGCUUCUGGGAGAUCAGACAAAGCUGUCAUCUGUGGUGCGGUUCCUCUCAAUGUUUGGUGGGGCAGUUGUGCGGGAAACUGUUGGCCGCUUGAUGAAAGAAACCAUGUCAAAUGAACUGGCAAGAAUGUACAAUAUGAAGGGUCUGAAGAGGAAGAAAAAAUGUGGGGGCCUCCAGAUACUGAAUGUAUUGUAUAGUAAGUGAUAUUUUAAGAAUUUGCAAAGUGGUGUCUUUAAGUAAGGUUUCAAAAUAGAUUUAUUAUCCAAGAUCUUUUAUUGUGUCUUCGGGUAUCGCUUUAAUGAAGGAAAAUGCUUGACUAGCUUUAAUGGAAAAUAAUAAGAGAGAAUAUUUUACAUACUGUGUGGUUUUGAUCCCAUGCAUUGUGUUGUGAUGCAUAAUAUAAGCAGAAAUCACCUUCCUGUAAAGCAAUUUAUUUGCUUACCUUAACAUUUAUUACUGAUACACCGAUAUUAAAGAUGAUCUCAGCUUACAACUGACUGCAGCGGGGACACAAACAUAUAUAUUUAUUAAAACAUACCAGAAUUAGUUUAUAUAUUCCAAUUUAUACUGCUCAAAAUGCUACAAGGUGACUUAUGACCUUUGAAUGGUUUCAAUACCUACAUUUCACUGCAUUUCAUUCUUUAAGGAUAAGGAUGCUUAAUGUUUUGUAGAAUUUGUCCAAAGGAACUUGCCGACAAAGACUGCAACGAGGAAGGAUGUAGAAAUAGAGGUUUCAAAGUGGCUGGCUGGGGCGCGGGACCACGAUGCGGGAAGGAAAGCAAGAAACAAAGUGUCUGAGACCUUACCUGAAGCAAAUGAAGGAAGUGACUAGUCAUGUCUUUAUUUUAAACAAGAACGUGUUUGUUAAACACAAAUGCCCCAAGCUCAGAUUCUUGUCAGUAUUUUCCUACCAAAUAUGAAAUACAUCUGUCAUUAAAUAAAGGCUGUAUGGGCAAAAGUGUAAAAAUCUAUUAUGAGCACUGGUGACAGAUGAAAACAUCAAAAGAACUUCAUGAGGUUAUAAUAUCUAUGCAUAAUAAAAUAAAAUCUCAAGGACAGCCCUUGAAGACAAACUAAUAAUAGCUCUAGGACCGAGUACAUACGCCAACAAGUUUAAGAUGAACAACAUACAAGAGCUGUCACACGGGAGACAGCAAAGCUCGACUUAUAAAAUACUGGACGCAGUAAGGAAGACAAAUCUUAGAAUGAAAGAAAAAUCAAUUAUGUAUAAUUAUGUUUUAAGUUAUAGUAUAAAAAUAAUAUUGUAAACUAAAUUCCAAGAUCAAGGGGAAUAAUUCUAGAAAUAGUCACGCUAGAAUUUUGAACCUUGUCACACAACAUGUGUGGCUGAGGAUGAACAAGAAGUCGAUUCGGGCAAUAUUGCUGACUGGGAAACUCCAUUGACGGUACUUAUUUUAUCAUACCUUAUAAAUGUAAUGUAUCUGCAUUUACACAGAUCUUUUAAGUUUUUAAAAUAUUUAUUGUAAAGGUCAUUGUUCACUCAGGUGAGCAAUACAAGGACACCAUAGCCUUCUUGUUUGGAA